GAAUUCACAUGUGGAAUCUCAUUGUUUUCAUAUAAAAAAGUUUAACUAAAAAUAAUAUGAAUCAACAACGAGCAGUUAUAAGUAAAUAAUUAAGUAUUCUAACAACGAAUAAUGAUAUCUAUUUAAAAAUAAUAAAAUUUUAAAGUAAAAAGUAUCUGUAAAAAUGGAAACAUGGAGUCUUAAGUUAUAUUCAUGGUUAAGUGACAUAAAUUCAACAUUCUCAUUAUUCAAAAUUCACAAGAAAAUUUUGAAUAAUUAUUUACUGCAAGCAAAUAAUUUUCCCAUCACCGUAAUAUUAUUAUGGAUUAUUUUGUAUACAAUUUACACUAAGUGCCUUCACCUCCUGCUUAGACGAAUGCAAUACCCACUAGUAGCACGCAGAAGAAUAAUUGAUGGAAUUUGGACAAUUGGUUUUGCCUUCAGCAGUCUAUUUUACCUUAAAUUAUUAGUACCUGAAUCACUGGAUCCAAUUUGCCUUUUAAAAAGACCUAGAUAUCUUGAGCUAGGAUUUAUUUUACAUAAAAGUUAUUAUUUACAUCGUGGAGUUGUAGAAAUUUUAACUCACAACUCCUGGUUACAAGGAAUUAUUAAUUUAUUAUUUUGUGCUAUCAUUCAUAAUUCCUCUGAACAAAAAUCAUUUGAUAUUGUAAUUAAAGUACUGGUCUGUAAAUCAACUUUGACAGUAAUUAUAAAUUUCUGUCGUAUUAUAUCGAGUGUUAAAAAUAUUAAACGCCGUCUGCUAAUCGUUAAAUCCUUGCUUGUAAUUCAUUUUUUUAAUUGGAUAUAUGUAAAUUAUAUUAUUAUACCAGAAUCAAAAUUAUGGAACUCCAAAGGUUUAAAAAACGACUGGUUCACAUUAAUUUGCUUAUGGGUCUGGUUAUUUUUAGAAUUAUUUAACGAAAUGGAUAAUAUCAGAUUGGCCUCUAAUAAUUCUAGUCAUAAAAUAGAAGCUUAUUUAUUUCCUCCACCGACACCUGAAAUGAUUGAAAUUAAAAACAUAUGUAAAAAAUUGCGCGAGCGUUCUUCGAAUCAAGAUUAUGAUCUCACUAAUGAUAAAAAGAAAGCAGAACUUUGGCAAACACUCUGCUGUAAGUACAUCAACAAAGCAAAUAGGUGCGAUGACUCUAAAAAAAAAAGCUAAAAGAAUGCGAGAAGCAAAAACCAAAGCUUUGAAUUUAGACACAUAAUUAUUAAUAAGUGUUUUAAAUUUAAAAUUAUAUUAUAAAACCCAAAAUAUUAAAGUACUUUUAUAUAAAAUAA